AUGCCAUGGGUAACCACACUCAGCCUUCUCAUCCCUUUGCUUGUUGACUUUGCCGACGAUGAAGAUUACCAGAUUUUCUGGCGUAGGGACCGUUCCAUUCAGCGUGCACGAUGGAUGGAUCGCUUCCUUCACCUCUCGCCCCAGCAUCUGUACGAUGCUCUCCGGGUCGACCGGAAUGUCUUCGGCUACCUCUGUCGCGCUUGGACGACUCAUCUCAUCAGCACAGGCAAGAAGGCCUGCAAUGUGAUGCUUCAAGUCGCCAUGAUGCUCGUGCGGUUUGGAAGCGGAAUUACAUACCGCGAGCUCGGCAUGCUCUUUGGUUACAGCCACGCACGAGUGCAUCAAGUGUGUAAAGCAUGGAUCGAGUUCAACAGUGACUUCCUCAUGGAGGAGUGGAUACGAUGGCCUGACGAGAACGACAUGGCCAUGGCAGAAGAAGAUUUCCAGUUUGACAGCGGUAUACCUGGCAUUGUGGGCGCGAUGGACGGUACGUACGUGCAUACCCGAGGGUGGGGACCUCAUGCCGAGGAGUUUAAGAACCGAAAAGGAUUCUUCAGUGUGAUUUUGCAACUCAUAGUGGAUGCUAACGGCUUGGUUUGGAGUUUGCUAGCCGGGUGGCCCGGCUCGGUUAACGACGCGAAGGUCUUUAAUCAUUCAAAAGCAAAAAGACGGAUUGAGGCAGGAGGCAUUGGAAACCGCGUGAUUGUGAGUGACGCUGCCUACGGAUUGAAAGAUUACACCUACGUGCCCUACAGAGCUACUCCCGGCCAACUACUUCCGGACGCCCAAGCCGUGUGGAACAAACAACAAUCACGUGCGCGGAUGAUAGUCGAGCAGGUGAACGGCCGCCUCAAAACGAAGUGGCGCAUCCUCGACGGCCGGAUGGAGUGCCAUCGCCGCCACGUCCCCGCCGCCAUCGCCGCCGUCGUCACCCUGCACAACAUCGAAAUUAUUCUCGUGACGCGAUACCGCAUGGAGACCCCCUACCCCCGGAACCGUUGGUGGCUCAACGGGCCGGCCGCCGACCUUGUUCACAUUGGGCGGGAGAUCGAAGGGUUCACGCCUGUUCAUCGUCGGAAUCGAUUUUGCGCUUACCUUUACGCUUCGUGGCGUCUUGGUCAUCCCGAGAUGACGCGUCCGCUUCUCGGACGCCGGUCCCGCCCUCGUCGUCGUGCGACCACCACGGAGCGACCUCCCUGGACCGGGGUGUAG